GUUCUAUGACUUACCAGCUCCCUGAAGAUCACAUUUGCAAGGGUAAGGAGAUAAGGUUUAAAUUGUAAGGUUGGGAGCUUUUCUCCCGAAGACAGGGUGAAGGUACACAGUGCAUGGGCAUCACUAUCACCUUCAGGCAGAAUACCUGAGCAGAGGCUGGUUGCUCAGGUGAUACCUUUCUUACAUUUGGAGUUUCAGCAUACUACACAGGUGUUGCAAGGAACUUAGUAGGAAAAGGAGUGGUGGGUGUGCACAGGGGCAUGUGCAAACAGCAGGACCUGUAGUUUAAAAUGGAAAGAUGCAAAGGCAGAAUGUAGCCAUGUCUGGCUGCUGGCAUGGAUCAUAGCCCUUGUCACUGCAGAGGGAGGUGAUGUGGCUGCAGCAGCAGUGGGUGUCCCUCUCUGCUGAUUCCAUGGCUGGAUGAUGUUAGGACCGCUGCACUGCAGUCUCUCUGCCAGGGAGGACUGCCAUGUCUCUCCCUGCUCGGGAGACAUGAGGAUACCAGAAGUUCCCUCAAAGGGCAAAAAAGGAGUGAAAUCAAACUAUGCAUCAUAUGUAUACCCAUGCAAUGCAUGCACCAAGAUACACAUUGCUCUGCUGCUUGUCAGCCACUUGCAUCUGUCUGCCUGUGGUGUUGCUGCAGUGUUUCAUUUUCUCCAGGGCCUCCUGCUGUACUUCACAGCCCUCCUCUCCCUGAGAGGUGCAGCUGCAACCCUCCCCUCAUCUUCAAGUGUGUGGCAUAGCCAGUACGGUGAGGGUGCACCCACUGGGCGUCUCCUUUAAGAGCAUGGCUGGCCCAGAGCUUUGACCCCCCCCUCUCGGCUCCUCCCCGGAACAGCUAAGUUUCUGUUUCCCCAGCUUUCCCUUGUCACCCUGCUCCAUGGUGCAGGCAGGAUGGCAUCACCCACCUCGAAGAGCCUGGAGGAGAAGCUAGUGUGCUCCAUCUGCCUGGAGCUUUUCAGGGUGCCUGUGACCUUGCCCUGUGGGCACAACUUCUGCAAGCUCUGCAUCAGCAACCACUGGCAAAAGCAAGAGCAGGAGCUCGCCUGGGCAGAGAGUGGCUACACGUGCCCCCAGUGCCGCAGGGGCUUCAACCAGCGGCCAGAGCUGGAGAAGAAUGUCACCCUGUGCAGCGUGGUGGAGCUGGCACGGGAUGGCGUGGCGUGGGUCUUGGACACAGAGAGGUGUGAGGUGGCCCGCAGCGAUCUGUGCCCACAGCACGGGCGCCUGCUGGAGCUGUAUUGCAAGGAUGAGCAGCGGUGUAUCUGCUGUGUCUGCACGGUAUGGCAGUGCCAGCGGCACCAACGGGUGCUCUUUGAGGAAGAGCGCUCAAAACAGCAGGGUCUUUUGAAAGAGUCCAUGGAAAAAGCACGGGAGGAAUCAGAGAGGAUCAAGCAGGUGAUGAAGGAGCUGGAGGAGCAAACACUCAGCAUCAAGGACUCUUCUGAGGGGCUCAAAUCAGUGAUUCUGAGCAAAUUUGCCCUCCUGAAGAAAGCCCUGGAGGAUUGCCAGUGGCAGACAGUGGCCAAGAUCGAGCAAGAGCAGGCAGUGGCACUGGGACGUAUGCGGGAGGAAUGGAACCGCCUGAAGGACCACCUGGACAGUCUCAGCCAGCACAGGGAGACUGCUCAGCAACUCCUGGCCUGCCCCAAUAACAGGACCUUUCUCCAGGAGCUCUCCUUGCUCCCAUCUUUGGAGAGCCCAAAGGCACUGCUCCCAGUGGAGUUUGAUGUCAAGCCCAUCACUGAGAUCCUCACCAACAUCUCCAGGCUUCUGCUGGAGGACCUGCCCAGAUCUGUGGCCCCCAAAGCCCCUGACCCUGUUGUCCAAGGCCCAGUGCAUCCCCAGGAGAUGGUGGUGAAGGUGGCAGCCCACCUCCCUGAUUGCCAGUUCCAAGCUGAGCUUCUGAAGGACCACUGCAACCUGACUUUUGAUCCCAAGACGGCCAACAAGUACCUGGAGCUGUCAAAAGGUAACCGGAAAGCCAGGCACAGGCCCGGCACCACCUGUAGGCAUCAGGAGCAGAGACCCUGCUUUGAGCCCUGGCAGGUGCUGUGCACGCAGGGCUACAGCCAUGGCCACCACUACUGGGAGGUAAAGAUCUCCAACCACUCUGUUGUCCUGGGGGUGACGUACUGCAGCCUCCCCUGGGAGCGGAAGCAAGGACACAAGUUCAACAUUGGUCUGGACGAGGGCUCAUGGGGGCUGCAGGUACGGGAGGACUGCUACCUGGCCUGGCACAAGGGCCAGCCAGAGAAAAUCGAGAAACAGCUGUGUAGGAGCCUGGGGGUCAGCCUGGAUUAUGACAAGGGGCUCCUUUCCUUUUACGGGCUUGGGGAGAGGACAUGGCUUAUCCACUCCUUCCAUGAUGUCUUCACCAAGCCCCUCUAUCCCGUUUUUUGGCUGUGCGAGGGGCGAGAAGUGGAGCUGUGCUGGAGGGAUUAAGCUGUGGGAUCAAGCAAUGGGGGGGUGAGCUGGGUGCCCUGGGUACCCCUGCUCCGCACUAGAAGGUGCUUUAUUUACAGUAGCACUGCAAUGAGGAAACCUGGUUUCCUACAGCUCUGCUCCAAGGUUGAUCCAGCACACAAUAAAAUCUGAAGCUUUGAAUGAAGCAUUUCCAAGGGUGAGACCACAGGUCCAGGAUCUCCUCUCCCCCAGAAUGCUGAUGAGGACUAACGGUGAAACUGGGCACUGGGGUCAAAGGUGCUGGGGACAUGCAGGGCAAUGCCUGGGGAAUGAAUCACAUCAGCUUGUUUCC